UGAUGUCCGGAAGAAGUCAGCAUGGCGGAUUUAUUUUUCACUUCAUGCUUUUCUGUUCACUGUUCUGCUAUAAUGUAUUGACAUUUUUAACCGAUAUGUAACCCCGCGUGAGCUGUGUAUUCAUACAGUAACGGCUGCGGAGGGAUCUCGCUGCACCGCUGCCUGUCUCCCUGCUCACAUCGUGACUUGUGACCCAGUUGGGUUUGGCAGUUUUUCCAGACCACUACCGUAAUGCAUAGGAUAUUCGCGCACCACAAUACAACGGGCGGGCUGGCUUGACUGUGUUUUCCGAAGUGGAGGCUGGCUUGACUGCAGUUAAAUAAUGCAGAGAAUGUUGUUUCCUAGACUGAUCUCAGUGGGAUGAAACUUCAGGAGCCUGAACAAGGAUCAGAGAAGAAACCAAAUUGAACACAAAUAAAAACACCAGAAACUAACAAUGGAUAAAGUGACUAUCGGUGAGGAGGUGACGAGACAAGAGCUUCUCCCAGAGCCUCUACUGAUAAUCCUGUCCCCACCUCCGCCUUUCUUACCCGGCGCUGGUAAACCGACCAUGUUUUGGCACAAGUGGCUAAAAGCUUUUGAACACUACUUUCACGCUCUUGGUGAAAACGAGCUUGCUGAAUCCUCUAAGUGUGGGCUCCUAAGGAACUGCCUUGGCCUUGAAGGCCAGCAUAUCUUCACCGCUCUGAUCCAGAGUGAAACUUCGUACACAGCAGUCAUCUCCUCGCUGACGCUUUACUUCUGCUCCGAUCACACCUCUCAGAUGUGCCGCCUUAAAUUUCAUCAGAGGGCUCAGAUGCCCGGGGAGGGUGUAGACGUGUUUGUGUCUGCGUUAGAAGAACUGCUGAGACCUUGCAAUUAUGGACACUUACAAGACAAACUUAUCCUGGAUCAGCUGAUUGAGAAAACCAACUGCCCACCCCUCAAAGAGAGGCUGCUGUUGGAGAGGGAAACGUUGACCGUGGACAAAGCAUUGGUCAUUGGUAAAGAGGUUGAAUCUGCUUUCAAUGAAACUGACCUGUUUAGUAUUCAUGAGGUCAGUGUGGACAUUGAAGACGAUUUAGGCCCUCCUGUUCCAACAAAGCGUAAAAGAGGAAGACCUCGGCGUGGGGAGGGAAAGCUGAAAAUCGAAACAAAACCACCCCCGACCAAAACUCAUACAAGAUCAUCUAGACACAAAGAUAGUUACUAUUACAGCAAUGAUAAGCAAUAUUAUAGUGAAAAUGAUGAAGGUGUGUCUGAAAGUGCUCAUGAGACUAAUCUAGCUUUGGAUGAACCCAACGAUGAAGCAGCUAAAGAGGAGAAAAGAGCGUUAUCAUCAUCAUCCUUAGAUUGGAUGGAAGAGGAAGGCUGCAACUAUGCUAGUGAUGGUGUCGAUGAUGAAGAUGUAGAUGUAGAUCAAGAUGUAGAUCAAGAUGUAGAUCAAGAUGUAGAUGAAGACUUUAAACCUAAACAAAAAGGCCCCUACUGUCCCAUUUGUGUCACAACGCGCUUUAGAGACAUAAACAAGCUCAGCAGACACAUGAGGAUGCACACGAAGGAGAAACCGUUCAGCUGCCCGGUCUGCUCUACGACCUUCAGCCAAUCCUACCACAUGACCCGACACAUGAGGAACCAGCACAAUGCGGGACAACACGUCUGUUCCACGUGUGGGGAAAGUUACAAGAGCCUUGCAGAUCUGCAAAGUCACAAGAAGACGCAUUUGUCAUGUCCAAGCUGUCAGAAAGAAUUCACUAACAAUAAAGCAUUGUGUAGUCAUGUCAUGUCACACAGCGAAGACCAGUCCACCCAGGUAGAGGGUCAAAGUCAACUUUAUUGUCCAUCUCAAGAUGUGUUUGUACACACAGAGGGUCAGAGUCCUCUGCAAAAUGAUGAAAUAAAAAACCAAGAAAUCAAAUCAAUAAACAAAAAUAAUAAUGAGAGUAUUGAUAUCAAUGAUAAUGUUGCUGAGAACAGUGCAGACUCUGAUAAUAGUGAUUCUCAGGAUGAAGAAUGUGAAGAUAAUGUUAAGGAUAAGGACACUGAAAAAGCUACAUCUCAAGAUGAAGGCAGUCCCAAAGAAGAAGGAGCCUCCAAGACUAAAACAAAGGGCCAUGUCUGUCCCAUCUGUGUCGGCAGGCGCUUCAGAGGGGCAAACAAACUCGCAAGACACAUGAGGACACAUACAAAGGAGAGACCAUUCGGCUGCCCUGUCUGCGAUAUGAGCUUCAGCCAAUCCUACCACAUGACCCGACAUCUGAGGAAGCAGCACGGCAUGGGUCAGUACAUCUGCGAAAAAUGUGGGAAAAAUUUUGCGAGCUGGCUGGAGAUGAGAGCACACAAGAAGACUCAUGCUGUUGACGGCCUGACAUGUAUUGCUUGUGAUAAACAGUUUAAAGAGAAGGCUGCCCUAGUGAGUCAUCUUAAAUUACACAAGAAGGUCCAGGCCAAACCCCGGAGCCUCACCUGCGGCGAUUGCGGCAAAGUAUUCGGUCGUAUGUAUCAUCUGAAAAGGCACAUAGUGACCCAUCGCAAAGCAACAAACGGAGAUAUUUACACGUGCCCUGAUUGUCAGAAGGAUUUUGCCUUCCCAGAAGACCUCAACAAACACCUGGAGAUUCAUUUAAAAGAAAACAAUGGGACCUGUCCAAAAUGUGACGAAACCUUCAGUAGUCCAGAAGGCCUGGAGGCGCACAUGGGGGUCCAUGAGAAGUCUUACGCCUGCAGCACCUGCGGGAAGAAGUUCAAGGUCGAGUAUGCGCUGAAGAAGCAUGAGCAAGGGCAUCAAGACGAACAGUUUUAUUGUUCGUUGUGCCGCAAACACUUCAUCAAGCUGUCCCACUACAAGAGGCACAUGACGGUCCACGACAGACGGGAAUCUAGAUGUCCUCACUGUGACAGCAUCUUUCUGCAGCUAACAGCUUUUAAGUAUCACCUGCGGACUCACACAGAGGAGAGGCCGUACCAGUGCACCUGUUGCAUCGAGACCUUUGAGGAGAAGAAAGAUCUGGAUCAACACUGCUUGAGGCACAGGAAAUUCAAGAAGGAGAUGCCAAACUCGUGCACUAGGUGCGAUUGUGCUUUCUCUACACUCCUUGAGCUGACGGACCACAUGAGCUCACAUGAUGGAGAGCAGCCAAUGACCUGCCCCAUCUGUGGCAAGACUUUCCUCAACAAGAGCAAGAUGGAAAGGCACCUGAGCAUCCACUCGGGGGAGAGGCCGCACCUUUGCUCCAUCUGCGGCAACGGCUUCCCCUCGGCCGCCAGCCUCAAGUUACACUCCCACAUCCACACCGGGGAGAAACCCUUCCCGUGUCCGCAGUGCAGCAAGAGCUUCAGGUCGUCCAGCGGGCUGCGGCUGCACGGCCGGCAGCACAUGGAGGUGCGGCCCAGCUUCGAGUGUCUCGAGUGCGGCAGGACUUACGGUCGCAUCACGGAGCUGAAAAUGCACCAGCGCUACCACACGGGGGAUAAGCCGUACGCAUGCACCUGCUGCAACAAACGCUUUAUUAGCAAACACAAGCUGAACGUUCACAUGAGGAUACACACGGGCGAGAGGCCGUACGCCUGUCCUCACUGCGGACAGACAUUCACACAGACUGGAGACAGAAACAGACACAUCAGUAAAUACCACGAGUUAGAUACUGCAGUACCUAACUCCAGUGAAGAUUAGGUUGCUUUUGAAUGAUUGUGCCAGUGGUUUUACAUGUAGGGGGUGACCAGGUGCCAACAAGCCACAAAUAGGACGUUUUUGUGGGACAAUGCGGGACAUGUUACUGCGUUGCUUAGAGCUGGAUUAGAUGUUUAUAUAGUGAAGGAAUUAAAUAUGUGUUUUGAAUGGAAUUAACAUAACAAAUUAUUAUGAGCAGAAAAAAAUGACCGGAUCUAGCUUACUGCCCGGUCUGCUGCCCUGUGUGCUAAACGUUAAUUAAAUCAGCUGCUGUUACUUCAUCUCUUUUGGUUUCAGGAGCAAUAUAUCCAUAGAUCGUGGGGGGGGUCUGUGGUAGAGCAGGCUCAUGACUGUUAGCGCCGGAGCCUCGCUGCGGAGAAACUGUCGUGCAUAAUUGCGCCGCAUUUGCGCAUAAGAUGCAGCCCCACACACUCUGCGUGUUCUGCGUGUAGGGAGGGGCGGCCCUGCCCAUAAGUUAAUACAUUUCUCUGUUGAUUGACAUCUGACACAGCUAAUGGUGAUGAUAGUCCUCUCGUUUUCUACACACCUUUGUAAAAAAGCCUUGUUUAAGACGGGCGACUGUCAAUCAAAUGCGGGACAUCGGCAAAAUGUGUGGGACAAAUUAUCAAAAUGCUGUGCAGUCCCGCACAAAGCGGGACACCUGGUCACCCUAUUUGCAUGUUUGUUGGGGUUGGGAGCAAUUACAAUCAAUGAAUGCAAAACCACUGUCUUCUCUGUCCAGACUUUACUGUCUACAAACAGUUUCUCCCUGAUUUGUUAUUUUCUGCAAGCUUCAUACCUGGACUCUCUUCGAUAUCACUACAUUUGACCACUUAAUACAACAGCUGUGCAUGAGGGUUUAGUCAUUGUAGUCCAUCCCCCUCACCCCUUCUCCAUACAAGCACCUUGCACUCCCAACAACUCACACUAGUGACAGAAUGCGAGUUUCACAGUUUGGCGUGCCCAAAUCUGUAGCUACAUACUAGUUUAAAUUAAGUAGUAUCAAGUAUAUCACUGAAAUGAUGCAACAAAAGAUUCAAAGAUCAUUGUUCAAUGCUUCUGUUGUCCUCCAUUACACAGUUUGUGUUACAUAGUCUUAUGUUGUUUCUUUUCACAUCUUAGAUUAUUUUAGUUUCGACUUCUCGGUAACCAAGCGUUUGUAACUGUGUUAAAAGUGCCAUAAAAAUAAAACUAUUAUUCACUCUGCUUGCACAUUUAA